GAGAAGGGAGGACAGAGAGGAAAAGUGGAGCAGGCAUAACGCGGAGACAAAAAGCGAUAGAUAGCAUCAAAAUAUCUGAUCUCCGAGAAAACUAAAACACAGUAGAAAUGGCAUAUUUUAAAUGUAUAAGUUUGAAACCGCAUUGUUGGUCAUAGGUUUGGGAUUACUUUUGACACUGGUGAGUUUUGUCCCGUUGUAAACAUUGACGUGCGCAUUUUUGUUGUGCUUGCUGCGUGGACGGAGUUGUAGUUCCCCGUCUGGAGGAUCAGCCCUUAGAGACAUGAGUGACAGGAGACGAUCUGCCGCUGCUCUAAGCUCGAGAGCGCACGCUUUUUCGGUGGAAGCCCUAAUCGGGUCAAAUAAGAAAAGAAAACUCCGGGGCUGGGAGGAGAAGGAGCUUGAGCUGUCUAUGGAAAGCCUCGCUACCAACGGACAAUUAGGAGACGGAGAAGACCCGGCGCAUUGUCUGGAUAUCGACCCUGAUUCAGAAGCGAGCCCAGGUUCUGACGGUGAAGGUCUGGCGGAGAGAACCUCUUGCUCUUUUGGCUCCCCCACGGACCUGGCCCCCGCUGCCUGCGACCCCACCUCAAUGGAGGAGAUUCAGGUGGAGCUGCAGUGCGCCGACCUUUGGAAGCGCUUCCACGAAAUUGGCACGGAGAUGAUCAUCACCAAGGCGGGAAGGCGCAUGUUUCCUGCAAUGAGAGUGAAGAUUGUCGGUCUGGACCCCCACCAGCAGUAUUACAUAGCCAUGGACAUUGUACCUGUAGACAACAAGAGAUACAGGUAUGUGUACCACAGCUCUAAGUGGAUGGUGGCGGGAAACGCAGACUCCCCUGUGCCCCCACGGGCCUACAUCCACCCGGACUCUCUGGCCUCUGGAGACACCUGGAUGAGGCAGGUGGUCAGCUUUGACAAGCUUAAACUCACCAACAACGAGCUGGACGACCAGGGACACAUCAUCCUCCACUCGAUGCAUAAGUAUCAGCCCCGGGUGCAUGUGAUCAGGAAGGACUGCAGUGGGGAGCUGUCCCCCACCAAGGCUGUCCCCGGCGGGGACGGGGUCAAGACCUUCAGCUUCCCGGAGACCGUAUUCACCACCGUCACGGCCUACCAGAACCAGCAGAUCACCAGACUAAAGAUUGACCGCAACCCGUUCGCUAAAGGAUUCAGAGACUCCGGUAGAAACAGGACUGGUUUGGAGGCAAUCAUGGAGACAUAUGCCUUCUGGAGGCCUCCAGUGAGAACACUCACCUUUGAGGACUUCACUAACAUGCAGAAGCAGCAAGGGGGAAGCACUGGCACCUCUCCUACCACCUCCAGCACAGGAACCCCCUCCCCCUCCGGAGCUGCACACCUCCUGUCCCCCUCCUGCUCCCCCCCCACCUUCCACUUGGCCCCCAACACCUUCAAUGUGGGCUGCAGGGAGAGCCAGCUGUGCAACCUGGGCCUGUCUGAGUACCCGGCCUGCGCCCGCAGCAACAUGGCCGCCCUGCAGGGGUACGGUGGCCUUGCCGACAGCUCCUACGGACGCCUCCAGGCCGCAGGGGGCACCGUGACGUCGGGUCAGCCCUCCGAGUCCUUCCUGCCCCAGAGGACUUCCUCUCUCAUAGCUGCGGGCAUGCAGGGUGGUGCUCACUCCUCAUUGGCUGGCGGCAGCGGUGGCGGUGGAGGGGGAAAAAUGGAUGCCUAUGGCGGGCAGCUGACCUCCUUCCCGGCUUCCCAGCUACAGUAUGUGAUGCAGGCAGGGGCUAGCUCUGCCUCUGGCUCCUCCUCCACCUCCGGCUCCUCUCCCUCCUCCGCCCACAUGUUCAGCGGCGGCCAUCACCACGUGCAGCAGGGCUCCUACAACGCCUUCUCCCUGCACAACCCCUACAACCUGUAUGGAUACAACUUCCCCAGCUCCCCCCGCCUGGGGGCCAGCCCGGAGAAGCCCCAGGGCGGCCUGCUGUGCUCCUCCUCUCCUGCCGGGGCCUUCUCGGAGCGCCAGUACCUAUCCAACGGAGGCAUGGAGGGCAUGCACAUGAUCGGCAACCCCAACCCGGGCCAACAGGGCGGUGCCUCCUGUGAUGGCCGCCAGUAUGGCUCCUCCUCUCAGAUGUCCAUGCAUAUGGUGUAAAACUGGGGCCCCUCCUCGGACACCUGUUCUGACACUGUCCCCACAUUAAAACACCCUCCGUUCUGAAGUCUAUCUGUAAUCCCUGACAAGCUUAAAGACAUUGUUACCGUGUUACUGUGUAUGUUUUUAUGGAGUGUUGUUUGUGUUUCUGAGCUGCAGAGUGAACCUUUCAAAAAAGGACAUUUUAAUCUCAUGAUGUAUUUGCUUAAAAUUUCACUCCAAAGGCUUAAACAAAGUAGGGACGCUAUUAUUUAAUUCUCCAACUGAUGAAUAUGGUGUAAAUAAAGUGAGUUGGGAGAAAGAAUCCCCCCCCCCCUUCCCCCCAGGGUAGCUCCGAGCCUGAGGGACCCAGAACCACGUCUUCUGAUUCUAGAGGGAUUAUCAGGAAGAAGUCUAUCGAUCUUAUUAUGGUGCAAUAGUAACGACAUUCUCCACUGCAGCUCUCCCUAUCUCUGCCUUAUCUCAGAUCUACAGACCGGACCACGUGUUACUGACUCCUCCGAAUCACAGGCACACCAAUGCCAUACGGCCAAAUAUGAAAACACGACGGAAGGCCGUAGAGGAUUUAGGGUGACAGCGCGGAAAUCACAGACGUUUUCUAAUAAACUUCAGAGGUUUAAGAAAGUCUGAGAAACUCUCAGGGCAGAGGGACUCUGGUAGAAGAAGGAUACAGGAACGAGAUGUAUGUGAUGGAGAGUGUAAACAGAAAGUGGACCGAUCACGUCAAAGACUCAGACUAGAUGGAGAACUGCGAGGGAAGGAUGGGCGGACUGCCUGCCCUCUGGACACACUGUAUGAAAGGGACUAUCCUGGAAAUUACCACGCAAGCAUAUCUUAUUGGUGCUUUCUUCAUUGACAGGAAUGGGUUCACCCCAUUGGUGAUUGGACUCUUUUUAAAGUAUACACAGUAUAAAAUGACGAAUGCAAGAAAAAUCAUAAGCUUUAAAGUUGUGUGAAAAGUUAUAAGAAACAAUAGGAAAACAGAGUAAUUAACGUAUGUUUUGGUGUGUUGUAGAUAUGUGUAUUUAAUUACCAAGUCAUAAUACCAUUAUAUGGGCCAAUCUAUUAUGAAAACAAAUGUGUGAAAAAAGGAAAUAGCAUAGUUAUUCUUUUGGAUGGCCUUUAAUAAAUAAAUGUAAAUAACAAGUGCCAAGCACAAAAAAGCUCAAUAAACGUUUU